AUGAAAUCCGGUAAGAUAUUAAGUGCAUUUGACUUCAUAGUGCUAAAUUUCACUUGCACACGUAAUGCUUGUUUAGGGUGUGACACUAGAAACAACUGUCCACAUGGUCCUAAAGGUAUGCCAGGUUCAGCCGGCAAAGAUGGAGAACCAGGUUCGUCUGGAUCACCUGGGGAAAUGGGUGUCAUAGGAGUUCUUGGUGUUACUCUGCAACCGAAACCAAGUGGUUGUCGACAAUGUCCGUCUGGACACCCUGGACAACUGGGGUAUAUGGGAAUUACUGGGGAGCCAGGGCCUGAGGGCAGCGAAGGACAACCAGGUAUACCAGGACGCCCAGGAAGCAUUGGAAUGCCUGGGGUGCCUGGAGAACAUGGACCAGAGGGAAGACCGGGAAAUAUGGGAGAAAUUGGAGUUCGUGGAAUGGAUGGAAAAAGAGGAGCGAAGGGUCCUAGCGGUCCCAAAGGACCAACAGGCGCACUUGGACCCAGUGGUGCACCGGGAUUUCUUGGUAGAGACGGUUCUCCAGGUAUGAUGGGGCCUCCUGGACCGCCGGGACCAAGCGGAAUGCCAGGGAAUAUUGGGUAUCCAGUCGGUGCUGGAAGCCCAGGAGCCGAUGGUGCACCAGGUGAAGACGCUAGUUACUGUAGAUGCCCGGCACGUGGACUGAUUAAAAAAGCUUUACGCGUAAAGAUCAUUGCGACUUAA